UACAAGCAAUGUUAAGAGAUGAGAAAGUGAAAGCAGGGACCUCGAAAGCAAAGAUAAUGACUCGUAACCAUUUAAGCUAAAAAUCCCUUGUAAAUGGUCAAAUAAAUUGAUACAUUUGUUUUAGAGUUGGUCAUUAUCAGAAAAUCCAAGGGCAAUUAACUAGUAAAUUUAGUAUCCACUAGGCUAGGCUAGUUGCUUGCUUUAGUAACUAAAAAAAAUGAAAACCCGAAAAUAAAAUAAAAAAGAAGACCAAAAUCUGAGUGGGGCCCACGCUAGAGCGGCUAUAAAUAAUCCAAAGCUUGCUUUUCACAACGAAGUCCUUCUCUUCUCCCCCACGAAAAAGCUCUCCCACUCAGACUCAGACACACUUUUCCUAUUUUCACUUCACUCUCAGACAAUCAAUCUCCCAAACACGCCACAUUCAAUCUGCAGAGAGCAAAUCGAUUUGAUUUCAACUCGUCAAUCUUCGAACCAAAAUGGUUGACGUCGACCGGAGGAUGACCGGUCUGAACCCGGCGCACAUAGCCGGCCUCCGCCGCCUCUCCGCCCGAGCCGCCGCGGGACCACCAACCCCCUCCUCAACCGCCACCGCAACAACCCUUCCCGUACGAAACGGCCUUCUCUCGUUCGCUUCUUUGGCCGAGAACGUGACAUCCCACCUCAAAAGCUCCGGUAUCCAGGUCCAGCCGGGUCUAUCCGAAUCCGAGUUCGCCCGAGCCGAAGCGGAGUUCGGGUUCGCAUUCCCGCCAGACCUCAAAGCCAUUCUCUCGGCUGGGUUGCCGGUGGGUCCGGGCUUCCCGGACUGGCGUGCCGCCGGUGCUCGUCUCCAUCUCAAGGCUUCGCUUGACCUUCCGAUCGCGGCGAUUUCGUUCCAAAUCGCUCGGAACACCCUCUGGUCCAAGUCGUGGGGCCCGAGACCGUCCGACCCGGAAAAGGCUUUGCGGGUCGCGCGAACUGCUUUGAAGAGGGCUCCGCUUCUGAUACCCAUCUUCAACCAUUGCUACAUUCCUUGUAACCCUUGUUUGGCUGGGAACCCCAUCUUCUUCGUUGAUGAGAACCGGAUCUUCUGUUGCGGGUUGGAUCUAUCCGAUUUCUUUGAGCGCGAGUCUUUGUUUCGAAAAUCGGACUCCGACCCGUAUAUUCUCAAGAAGCAAAGGUCAGUGAGCGAAAAAUCGGCCGGGUCGUCGACUAAUUUCUCGCGAAGGAGCCUGGAUACGGGUUUCGGGUCCGGAGGUAAAACACCGAGAUGGGUCGAGUUCUGGAGCGACGCCGCCGUGGAUCGUCGCCGGAGGAACUCAAACUCGUCGUCAUCGUCGUCCUCGUCGCCGGAGCGGUUCUUUGAUAUGCCAUCGAGGUCCGAAAUCCCGAAAUGGGUGGACGAGUACAUUGAUCAAAUCGGGUCCGCUUUGCGACGAGGCGGAUGGAGCGACUCCGAUAUAUCGGACAUGGUCUCGGUAUCGGCGUCUGGGUUUUUCGAGGGGGAGAUGGUGAUGCUGGACAACCAAGCGGUACUCGACGCUCUUCUCCUCAAAGCGGAUCGGUUCUCGGACUCGCUCCGAAAAGCCGGGUGGAGCUCCGAGGAGGUGUCGGAUGCUUUGGGGUUUAAUUUUCGACCCGAGAAGGAGAAGAAACCGGCUAAGAAGCUGUCUCCGGAGCUCGUGGAAAGAAUAGGGAAACUGGCUGAAUCCGUUUCCCGGUAACUUUUUUCUAUUUUUUUAAUUCAUUUUUUUUUUCUGGGAAAAUUGAGAGCUUCUGGGCCUCGGGUUUCGGGUUUCCCCAUCGGGUUAAAGAAAAUCGAAUACAUAGGGGAACGCGUUGUACUAUGAAACAAAGCGUAUAAGGAAAAACAAGAUGAAAGAGCUCAAACUACAAGGAAAUAAUAUAGAUUAUAUAAAUAAUUAAUUGCUAAUAUAUAAUAUUAUAUAUAUAUAUAUUUUUGAAGACAAUAUUAUGAUUUCUGUAAUUAUGUUGUUGGCCUAAUUAUGUGGUUACAGCUCAUAGUGGUAAUUAUUAAGAAUUUCUGGGGUGAAAUUGGGUCUGGGAAGUGCACGUGUGCUCUCUUUUUAAUUUUUGGAAGUUGAGCUCUCCAAUCAGAGGCUUGGCCAAAAUGUUGUGUGACAGCAUGAUAUGAUUCAUCUCUUCGCAUAUCAUUCCAGGCGGCAGUGAGCAGUGGCUAAACGACACCGUAUCUUGGGGUCGGCAGAAUAAUAGCUUUUUUCCGGGAAAUUUUUUGGUGAGAAAGUGGGUCUGAUUUGAUUGCGAGAAUACUGGGAGUCUGGGAGUGACUGGCAGGUGUGAAAAGAAAUGUCUGGGAAAUAUUUUACUUCUUUUGAGAAACUCGUUUUUAGAUUUGAGAGAUAGGGAUAGGGGAUAUUAAUUGUUGUUUUUCUUGAAAAAAGGGAAGAAAAAGAAAAAGAGAAAUAAUUGGUGUUUGAAGGUGAAUGAAUCCUGACACAGAAACCUUCUCACUGUUAAGCUUUUAAGAGACACAACUACAAGCUGUGUGGUGCUUUUUAGAUAUGCAAUUUACUUACUUACCUAGGUAAUUGGCAUAUUAAGUGCAUUCAAAUACAAUCUUGUGUAUUUAAAGAAUUUUUUUAUAGUAAGUAAUCAUAGGAUCUUUCG